CUACAUAUCCCGGCGGCCCCGGCGCCCAGGCUCCUGCCGCUGUAGCCUCAGCCUCUCCACAGCGACGGCGGCGGCCGCAGCGGCUGAGUCGGUGGCGGCGGCGGCGGCGGCGGCGGCAGCGGUGGCGGCUGAGGGCUGAGCGGCGAGUUUCCUAUUUAAAGCUGGGCUGCGAGGAAAAUGGCGGCCGGCGGAUCAGAAUACUUGCUGAACAGUGGAGUCAGAGACCAAUAAAAAUAAACUCCUACUUGAACAUCAUUUGACUGGUUAGCCAGUUGCUGAUGUGUAGUCAUGAUGAACGGAUUAGGAGACAACUCCUUGGAUCCACUGGCCCCAGAUUCACGAAAACGCAAAUUGCCAUGUGAUACCCCAGGACAAGGUCUUACCUGCAGUGGUGAAAAGUGGAGACGGGAGCAAGAGAGUAAAUAUAUUGAAGAAUUGGCUGAACUGAUAUCUGCUAAUCUUAGUGAUAUUGACAAUUUCAAUGUCAAGCCAGAUAAAUGUGCAAUUCUAAAGGAAACAGUAAGACAGAUCCGACAAAUAAAAGAGCAAGGAAAAGCUAUUUCCAAUGAUGAUGAUGUUCAGAAAGCUGAUGUAUCUUCUACAGGACAGGGGGUUAUUGAUAAAGACUCCUUAGGACCACUUUUACUUCAGGCAUUGGAUGGUUUCCUGUUUGUGGUGAAUCGUGAUGGAAACAUUGUAUUUGUGUCAGAAAAUGUCACACAAUACCUGCAGUAUAAACAAGAAGACCUGGUUAACACAAGUGUUUAUAGUAUCUUGCAUGAAGAAGACAGAAAAGAUUUUCUCAAAAACUUACCAAAAUCUACAGUUAAUGGAGUUGCAUGGACAAAUGAGACCCAGAGACAAAAAAGCCAUACAUUUAAUUGCCGUAUGUUGAUGAAAACACCACAUGACAUUCUGGAAGACAUUAACACCAGUCCUGAAAUGCUCCAGAGAUAUGAAACAAUGCAGUGCUUUGCCCUGUCUCAGCCACGAGCUAUGAUGGAGGAAGGGGAAGAUUUGCAGUCCUGUAUGAUCUGUGUGGCCCGCCGCAUUACUUCAGGAGAAAGAACAUUUGCAUCAAACCCUGAGAGCUUUAUUACUAGACAUGAUCUUUCAGGAAAAGUUGUUAAUAUUGAUACAAAUUCACUGAGAUCCUCCAUGAGGCCUGGCUUUGAAGAUAUAAUCCGAAGAUGUAUCCAGAGAUUUUUUAGUCUUAAUGAUGGACAGUCAUGGUCCCAGAAACGUCACUAUCAAGAAGCUUAUAUCCAUGGCCAUGCAGAAACCCCACUGUAUCGAUUCUCCUUGGCUGAUGGAACUCUCGUGACUGCACAGACAAAAAGCAAACUCUUCCGAAAUCCUGUAACGAAUGAUCGUCAUGGCUUUGUCUCAACCCACUUUCUUCAGAGGGAACAGAAUGGGUAUAGACCAAACACGAAUCCUGUUGGACAAGGCAUUAGACCUCCAGCAACUGGAUGCAACAGUUCGGUAGGUGGAAUGAGCAUGUCGCCAAGCCAAGGUUUACAGAUGCUGAGUGGCAGAACUUAUGGCUUGGCUGACCCCAGCACCACAGGGCUGAGUGGAGCAAGGUAUGGGGCUUCCAGUAACAUGGCUUCAGUGAACCCUGGACCAGGCAUGCAGUCACCGUCUUCCUACCAGAACAACAACUAUAGUCUCAACAUGAAUAGCCCUCCACAUGGAAGUCCUGGUCUUGGUUCCAACCAACAGAAUAUCAUGAUUUCUCCUCGUAAUCGUGGGAGUCCAAAGAUGGCCUCACAUCAGUUUUCUCCUGUUGCAGGUGUGCAUUCUCCCAUGGGUUCCUCAGGCAAUACUGGGAGCCACAGCUUCUCCAGCAGCUCACUCAGUGCCCUUCAAGCCAUCAGUGAGGGUGUGGGGACUUCUCUUCUGUCUACUCUGUCUUCACCAGGCCCCAAAUUGGAUAACUCUCCCAAUAUAAAUAUAACUCAACCAAGUAAGGUGAACAAUCAGGAUUCCAAAAGUCCCCUUGACUUGUAUUGUGACCAGAAUUCAGUGGAGACUUCAAUGUGUCAGUCAAAUAGCAGGGAUCACCUCAGUGACAAAGAAAAUAAGGAGAGCAGUGUUGAAGGGUCAGAGAAUCAAAGGGGUCCCCUGGAAAGCAAAGGUCAUAAAAAAUUACUGCAGUUACUUACCUGUUCUUCUGAUGACCGGGGUCAUUCCUCCUUGACCAACUCCCCUCUGGAUUCAAGUUGUAAAGACUCUUCCAUUAGUGUCACCAGUCCCUCCGGUGUCUCUUCUUCCACAUCUGGAGGAGUGUCCUCCACGUCUAAUGUGCAUGGGUCACUGCUGCAAGAGAAGCACCGGAUUUUGCACAAGUUGCUACAGAAUGGCAACUCCCCAGCUGAAGUAGCCAAGAUUACCGCAGAGGCCACAGGGAAGGACACCAGUAGUACUUCAUCUUGUGCAGAGGGAAAUGUCAAGCAGGAGCAACUGAGCCCUAAGAAGAAGGAAAACAAUGCACUUCUUAGGUAUCUGCUGGACAGGGAUGAUCCUAGUGAUGCCCUCUCUAAAGAAUUGCAGCCCAAAGUGGAGGGCGUGGACAGUAAAGUGAGUCAGUGCAGCAGCUCCAACGUUCCCAGCUCCAGUCAAGAGAAAGACUCUAAAAUUAAGACAGAAACCAAUGAAGAGAGAUCUGGAGACUUAGAUAAUCUAGAUGCUAUUCUUGGUGAUCUAACUGGUUCUGACUUCUACAAUAAUUCCAUAUCCACAAAUGGUAGUAUGGGAACCAAGCAACAUAUGUUUCAAGGACCUAAUUCUCUGGGUUUGAGGAGUCCGCAGUCUGUGCAGUCUAUUCGUCCUCCAUAUAACCGAGCGGUGUCUCUAGAUAGCCCUGUUUCUCUUGGCUCCAGUCCUCCAGUAAAGAAUAUCAGUGCUUUCCCGAUGUUACCAAAGCAACCCAUGUUGGGUGGGAAUUCAAGAAUGAUGGAUAGUCAGGAAAACUAUGGCUCAAAUAUGGGGAUGAUGAGGGAAAGCACUGUUGAAAUUGAUUGCAAAUUUCUUUUUAGGCCAGUUCUUAGGAAUUCCCUCGAUGAUCUCCUUGGGCCACCUUCUAACCUGGAAGGCCAGAGUGAUGAAAGAGCUUUGCUGGACCAGCUGCAUACUCUCUUGAGCAACACAGAUGCCACAGGCUUGGAGGAAAUUGACAGAGCUCUGGGCAUCCCUGAACUUGUAAAUCAAGGACAGGCUUUGGAGCCCAAACAGGACACUUACCAAGGUCAAGAAGCAGCUGCAAUGAUGGAUCAGAAGGCAGCAUUAUAUGGGCAGACAUACCCGGCACAGGGGCCUUCAAUGCAAGCCAGCUUUAAUCUUCCGGGACAAUCACCAUCUUUUAACUCUAUGGUGAAUCAGAUGAGCCAGCAAGGCAGUUUUCCUCUCCAAGGAAUGCACCCUAGGGCCAACAUCAUGAGGCCCCGGACAAACACCCCCAAGCAACUUAGAAUGCAGCUCCAGCAGCGGCUGCAGGGCCAGCAGUUUUUGAAUCAGAGCCGCCAGGCACUUGAAAUGAAAAUGGAAAACACCACUGCUGGUGGUGCUGCAGUGCUAAGGCCCAUGAUGCAGCCCCAGAUAAAUUCCCAGCAGGGUUUUCUUAAUGCCCAGAUGGUUGCCCAGCGCAGCAGAGAGCUGCUGAGCCAUCACUUCCGACAGCAGAGGGUGGCGAUGAUGAUGCAGCAGCAGCAGCCGCCACCACAGCAAACGCAGGCCUUCAGCCCGCCCCCUAAUGUGACCGCCACCCCCAGCAUGGAUGGGGUUCUGGCAGGGCCGGCAAUGCCACAGGCACCAACCCAGCAGUUCCCGUAUCCACCAAAUUAUGGAAUGGGACAACAGCCAGAUCCAACUUUCGGUCGAGUGUCUAGUCCUCCCAGUGCAAUGAUGUCAUCAAGAAUGGGUCCCUCUCAGAAUCCCAUGAUGCAGCACCCUCAGACUGCACCCAUGUAUCAAUCUUCGGAAAUAAAGGGCUGGCCGUCAGGAAAUCUGGCUAGGAACAGCUCCUUUUCCCAGCAGCAGUUUGCCCACCAGGGGACUCCUGCAGCAUACAGUAUGGUGCACAUGAAUGGCAGCAGUGGUCCCAUGGGACAGAUGAACAUGAACUCCAUGCCCAUGUCUGGCAUGCCCAUGGGUCCUGAUCAGAAAUACUGCUGACAUCUCUAUACCAGGACCUCCAAGGAAAUCACUGUACAAAUGACACUGUACUAGGAUUAUCAGGAGUAAAGAGUCACUGUUCUAGGAACCCAGCUUUGAAGGAUGGACCAGCUUUGAUUGCCUUCCAGGGUAUUCCAAGUGAUGACAUUUGAACAGGACUGUAUUCUAAGCUGAAGUGUGAUAUCUUCCUGUUUUUUUCCCCCUCUUUCUGUGUAUCAUGGAGUUCAAAACAUAUUUUUGGUGUUCUGCGUCUUAGGGAUGUGAUUCUGGAGGUAUGGAGUGUUACUGAUCACAAAAGUCCUGUGUCACUUCUUUCUGCCUGGCUAUCCAGUCUUUCAAAUAAAUGUAGGUGGGCCAGAGAACAUUGGAGAAACAGAGGACAUCUGGUUUCUGUACUUAGAGUAUUGGACCAAGACUAGUAGUCCCAGUCUACAUGGUUUUUUCCCUACCAGGUAGCUCUGUGUUGACCCUCUGUCCCGUGGAAUUGGCAUUUCCAAGUUCUUGUCCUUUAAUGAUAGUGUUGAAUUGCUCUGAUCCUAGGAUCCUGUUGUUCUAGGCUUUUUCUUAACUAGGAUUCAUAUUCGUCCUGAUGUUUUGUAAUGCUUCACUUACAGGAAUCAUCCUUGAUGUCAAAUGGCUUUUACAUAAGGCAAAACGAGAUGACAGUAUUUAAUUGCAGCAGUAGCAAUUUUUCACAUGCUAAUGUGCAGCCAAGUGCACUUUAUUUAAGAAAUGAUGGAUAAAUGCAAUAUUCUGAGGUCUUGAGGAAUGAUGAACCACAUUCCUGGUUUUUGUCUAAACUAAUAUGUUGGGCAAGAACUGUGAUUUUUGUUGUUCUUGUUGAAAGUAUUGGUGUCACCCUUAGCCUAUAUGGUAAAGCAAUAAUGCUUUUUGAAAAUAAACUGCAGAAAAUCCAAGGCCAGGUACUGCAUUCUGAAUCAGAAUCUCGCAGUGUUUCUGUGAAUAGAUUUUCUUUUGUAAAUACAGCCUUUAAGAUACUGUAUUAUGUAAAAUAUGUACAUACCUUUUUUGUAGGUCAGAACAACUCAUUUUUACAGAGUUUGUGAAGGUAAAUAUUUAACAUUGUUGAUUUCCGUAAGCUCAGUGUGGUGAGGUUACAAACUGAAGAGAUAAACCCUGAAUUUUGUGGCUGGGGCAGGGACAGCAGUUCACCGCUUAUCCUUCCCCAGCCUUAGAGGCCUCGCUCUUUUCAAUCUCUCAAUCCAAACACUUUUUAAAGAGAUCAUUUGUUUAGAUGUAGGCAUUAAAAAAAAAAAUUUUUUUUUAAAUUCCUCUACCAGAACUAAGCACUUUGUUAAUUUUGGGGUAAAGAGUAGAUAUAGGGGGAAAAAUGUAUCAAGAAUUUAAAUAGAUCAAACAAUUUGAUUUAAAAAGAAUCUUGGAUUUUAAGUGGUCUAUAAACAAUAGCAAUUUAUGUUUUUUUUAAAAAAUUGAAUGGUGUCUUUUCAUCCAUUUUAAGAGUGCUCUAAGGUUUUGGUUGCUAGAACCUGAAUCCCACAUUGAGAUCUCAGAAGUGGAAUCCUUGAUGUGUGGCUUCUGGUGUAUGCUCUGCUGUCUUGUCAUUUUACUGUGUGAUGUCUUCAUUGCCCCUGAGAAUUAGAAUAGUGUCAUGGUUAUUUAAGGAGCUCAGUCUCCAAAACAGCCAGUUUUGCAUAAUUCAAAGCUGUGGUCUGACUGAGUGCCUUUGCACUCCUUCCCUCUCCUGCCGCUGCCCCUUUCUGCUGUUGCCACUCCUUGUUACUUGUUCUGGUUAGUUGGGAAUAAGGAAAAAAAAAAUCAAGUCUAAUUCUCUUUAUCUGCUCUUUUAGGUCUAAGUAGUUGAAUAAAAUUGGGUUUUUUGAGUAUCUGAAUUUCAAAUGUCUCUGCUAGCCUUGGUGUAAUUUCCUAGCAAUAAUUGAAAGCCAGUUAAUUUUUUUCUAUUUCACACAUCUAGCCAGUCUCUCUAGGUGUCUCUGAAGGUAAGAUCAUUUAAUUUCUUUGAUUUAUGAGUAAGUGAAACCUGUAUUUCUAGAAUCAUCACUAGAGUGGAGUUGAGUUUGGCACCCCCUAAUCCCUGCCCACCACCCAGUUAAAAAUAAAUGUAAGAUUGUAAGUCCAUCAACUUCCAUCAUAGUGGCCUGUACUUUUUCAGAUAACAUAUUUUGCUGUCUGGAGGCAGAGGCAUAGCUGAGUAUGAGUCUCUGUCU